AUGGCCUUCUUCGACCUCAGCAUACCCUACACAGAUCCCUCGCCACCCGACCGGUCGUCAAUAACGCGUGCAAAGCUCGUGACUAAGGCCUUGGAGCUAGGCUACUCCGGCGUCGCCUACAACCGUACGAUCAAGGGCGUGAUGUCCGAUCGCGACCGUUGCUCGAUCCCCCUCCUCACCAUCGCUUCCUUCCUCAAACACUCUCCUCUCCUCCUCUCCAACGUUAACUUCCACCGCGACCUCCUCGGCCUCCCACGCGCCUCCCCUUUCCGCCAGUACACGCGCCUCACAGUCUGCACCGAGACCCCGGCCCAGUCCCAGGCCCUCAAUUCCGGUAAUCCCAUUUUGAAAACCUACGAUUUGGUCGCUGUCAAGCCCUUGAAUCAGUCUGCCUUCGAACUCGCCUGUGAAAAAUUGGAGGUAGAUAUAAUUGCGAUUGAUUUCUCGGACAAGUUACCUUUUCGUUUGAAGAUGCCUAUGGUUAAAGCUGCAAUUGAGCGUGGAGUGUAUUUCGAGAUCACAUACUCUAAUAUCAUUGCUGAUGAUCAAGCGAGAAAGCAAAUAAUAACCAAUGCUAAGUUACUGGUAGAUUGGUCUCGAGGAAGGAAUCUAAUAGUUUCAAGUGCUGCCCCAACCGCAAAUGAAUUUAGGGGGCCAUAUGAUGUUGCCAACUUAAUGUCAUUGCUUGGUCUCUCAAUGGAGCGAGCUAAAAUGGCUAUUUCAAGAAAUUGUAGGACUAUAAUAUCUAAUGCUAUGAGAAAGAAACACUUUUUCAAGGAAGCCAUAAGAGUCGAAGUGGUAUCAUCAGGUGAAGAAAUUGAUGCGAACAAACCUUGGUCUAUUGACUCGUUUAAAUGGGAUCCGAUCUCUAGUGGGGAUGGUGACAUUCUAUUAGACGAUUUGGCUAAGGCUUUCACUACCUCCAUUAAUAAAGUAUCCAAGACUACAAAAGCCAUUGAUUUUGCUUCAGUCAUUGACAGCAUGCCAUCACUUGGAUUUCAAGUCAAGGAUCUGAUAUCUGGAUCUGGUGUGGUUGCGUCCCAAUCAAUGGGUACUUGUAAAAGCAUUGUUUCUGCUUCUGAGGCAAUUGAACAAUCAGUCGUGACUGCUGCAGUGCCAGAACAGCCUGACAGGCUAUGUUUUCUUCAAUCAGGUCAAACUUCUCUGGGUGAUAGUCUGUUGGAGCAACAAAUGUUUGACUGUCAAAAUCCUCAGAAAUCAUAUUCAUCUUCUGAUACUACCAAAGCUUUUAUUGAUGCUAUGGAAAUUGAAGCUCCUACAAUAACCACUGAAGCAAAACCAAAGAAUCCAGAUGGCACUGAUGGUAAUUUUGACUUGAUUACAACAGAAAUUCAUGAUUUUCAACCACAGAAGUGUGUGACUAAUCGCGAAUUGAAUGUUGUGCCAGCUAAUGAUAAUUUAACAUUUCACACAUUAGAGAUUGGGUUAGAUGCUGCUUGUAAUGCUAAUUCUGAAGUUGAAAUUUCCACUAAUUAUCAGGAUACAGAUAUUCCUGCUCCUCAUAAUGAAGAGGCUAAGUGUGUUAAAAGUUCUGAUACCCAAAGUUAUCUGGACGAAAUUUUAACAGUGGUAGAUGUGGAAAGUAAAGAAGAAAAGUCUUUGUUGUUGAAUUCAUCAUCAUUGCCUACUUCAGAGAAUGAACAAUUUAGGGAAUCUGGGGAUGAUGCAGUUAUACUUGCAAAUCAAGUUCCUGUUCUGGAGUCUAAUGAUGAUAUGACAAUAAUUGGUGAUUAUUCAGUUGCAACUCACCUCUCAGCAGAGGUGACAAUGGAAGGGGAAGAACUUGGGAAAGUUGAUACUGAAAUGAACGAUCCCGCCUUAAUUCAAUCCAUACCAGGGAAAUCUAGACCGAAAAGGAAGACACCUUAUCAAGCGAAGAACUUUCCUCUCAAGCGAUUGUUGCAUACUAUACCUUUCAAGAAGACUCGGAAAAGUAAAAGAAAAAUCAAGAUGGCAUGA